UGAAGCAACAUCGAUGUUCACGACGAUGUUCCGAUUAAUGUUUCCGAUGUUUUCCAAGAAACCGCGAAUAAACAACGACGUUUGGAAAUUAAGCAAGCCAGCCAGCAGUGGCUUUUCCGAGGGAUCCUCGCCAGCCGCCGCCUCCAGCCGGCGGGUGAGCAACCUGUACAACGCCCGGCUGCAGUAUCCGUAUCCGGACUACUUUAAUUACCAGGCGCCACAGAACAUGAUGGCGGCAGCGGCGGCGGAGCAGGGCGCCAGGGGCACUCGCAUCCAGAUCGUGCCCUGCAUGUGUCCCAUUAGUGUGCCCAGUGUCGUCUCGGCCGCUUCUCCUUCAGCAGCAGCAGCCACAGCGCCUCCGCUGGCCGCCAUCACAGCUCCAUCUUCGGAGUCACAGCCGGCGGCUCGGCACAUCGAAAGGCACAGCCAGGAACUGGAAGCGGAUGCCAAUAGCGAGACGGAGAACGAUUUAAUUUUUUCGAUUUUGUUUCACAAACUGCCAGCACUGGCUCCUCCGAGGGAUCCUCGCCAGCCGCCGGCUCCAGGCUGCUGCCAGCAGUGGCUCCUCCAAGGGAUCCUCGCCAGCUGCCGGCUCUAGCCUGCUGCCAGCAGUGGCUGCUCCGAGGGAUCCUCGCCAGCCACCGGCUCCAGCCUGCUGUCAGCAGUGGCUUCUCCGAAGGAUCCGCGCCAGCAGGGAUUUCGGCGGCGGAGCAGGGCUGCUGCAGGAGCAGGAGCAGGGC